UUGCGACGUGUAAACAUGUGUUACACAAAUUAUGGGAUCUGUAUAAAAGCGACGAAUGCCCGCGUUGAUCCGACCAGUGUAUGUUUGUACAUCGAGCCAACCAUGAUGAUUAAGCUGUUUCUCGUUACGUUGCUCUGCGUGGCGGUGUUUGCCGAUUCACCAGCCGAUAAUAUGAAUCAAGGAUGGAUGGGACCAAUGAGAGCAGCAGCCGAUCAGCUUCAACAUUUUAUGGGGGGUCAAGAUAGUUCUUUAGUGAAACGUGCUGCAUCACCACAGGGACCACCACCACCACCACAGGGACCACCAUCACCACCACAAUCAUCAUCGAAUUAGAAUUUGGUCUUCUACGAAUACUACCGUGAAAUCUGCUACUGUGAAAUAAAUGAAGAUUAUUAGAUUUAUCUCAGCACUGUGCACGUUUCAUUAAAUUAAUCGCACGGCCGAAAACCCCGAUGGACUUAGAAUAAUAAAGUAUAGCAUUGCACAGCAAGUUUUUCCUUAU